AAGAAGAAGAAGAAAAUAAAUUAUGAUAAAUAAAAUUCAUCUUUCAAAGAAAACAAAACUUCAUUAUUUCAAUUAUGUGAAAUCUUUGACUGCGUAACGCAUUCGAACCUCUUACAAUGCAUUUAUAAUUUCCUUUAGCAUUUUACGCAACAACUUAUUGUAUUCAUUGAAUGUUUUUCUGAAUAUCUUUCAUAGUGUUUAUUUUUAUUUUGGCUUUACAUUGUAUUGGUGGUACUACUUCCUAUACUCUUAGUAAAUAUUGAAAAGAAAAACAAAAAUUUUUUUAUACCCUCCGCCCCAGAAACAAAAUUGACCAUAGCCCUAACUCUGUUCUGGCUGGCGGAUGCUGUAACGAUAACAACAGCAAAUUUAACAAUGUGAAACCGUCAACAAACAAACAAUAUAUUGGCUGUGCCCGCAAAUGUUAUGUUUACGCUGUACAACGCGAACGGUAUUUUUACGCUCCUAAAUAAAAAACAAAAAACAAAAAACAAAAAAAACAAAAAAAGAAGAAAAAAAAGAAAAUGAAAAAAAAAGGCAAAAACCAAAAUUUUAUUGAACUUGUUUAUGCAAUGUUUGUCGUUUUGAAUUUAUAUGCAUUUUAAAGAUUUUUAAAUGAAAUUCUUGUGUACGUUAUUAAAUAUUUCAAGAGCUUUUAUUACUUAUUCGCAUCACUUAUACUUGAAAAGAACAUCUUUCAUAUUCAAGGACAUGUAAUUGCUACCUAUGAAAAUUAUGUUUUCAAAUAUUUUCGCCCAGUAAGGAUAAAAACAAUGCAUCCGAGUAUUUCAGCUUAAAUCAUUGAUACCUUGACGCUCGCUGAUCACAUUUUUUGUUUAAAAAUAUUCUUCUCAUUUAAUAUAAUCAAUAUUUAUAGAACUCAGAAAAGCUGCGUUAUUCAAAAUGUCAAUAGCUUUAAAAUCUUUCCAAAUGUAUUACUAUGGAAUAUUUAAAGUAAUUUUAACAUCAUUUUCUUGAAUAUAAAAAAAAAGAAAAAAAAAAAAAAAAUGUCAUAAAAUCUAUCUGCGAAGACAUUAAAUGUAAUUUAAUAUAAAUCCAGCCUACAAUAACACAAAUAUCAGAGGAGAUUAAAUGAGUUGAAAAAUUUUAAGCGCGACAGAGUAACAAAAAUGUUGACAAACAAUGAUGACCAAAUAAAAAAGCGAAGCUGCCACCACGGCAGUAACAAAGAUUUCAUUGUUGUGAGAGGCAAUGUCGUCUACAAGAAGAUCGAUGUCCAACACAUUAGUGUUGGUGGUGGUAGCAUAAAAGCCGUAUAAUUGUCUACUACACAACAAAUCUACAAACCUCUCUUAUUCUAUGCAGUUUGCGAUUGUGCAUGUGCGUCAACUUAUAAGGGAGCAGCUUUACGAAAGUGAUUUAUUAUCUUAUGUGCGGAGGAGAUUAUAGAGGAGCCUUUAGUCUUGUUUAUUCCCGCCCUUCUGUUUUCUCUCUCCUAUUCAACUUUAAACAACUCCAUAACUUGACUCGUCUCGUCAAAACUUUUAAACCAUAUAUUAGUCACGAGCCCGGCUUAACUAAAGUAAACAUAAGCCGACCUUAAAAUUGGAGAACAAAAAAAAAAAAAAAAAAAAAAAAAAAAAAAAAAACGAGAAAAAAAGAAAAGCAAAACAAAAAAGCAGAGUGAGAUAGUGAAACAGGAGACAGGAAGAGACAAGGAGAGAAAAACACUCAUAGUUUUUAUUCUCUCUCGCUCUCGCAGUAAGGCUGCGAAUACAUUUCGUUUAAAAUCGAGUUUUACAUUUUAUGCGCACAGUUGCGAUUAAGACGCGAAUUGCAGUAGAUGUUGAUUGUCUUUUGCUCGGGUCGCUCACGGAGAUGAUACUUGGGUUGCGUUUAUGUGCGGGCUUGUGUGCGUUUAUAUAUUUAAUGUAAAAAAAAAAUUCCAGUAAAAAUUAUUAGAAUUCCGGUGUGUGAAAAUUUGUGCCUUUCAUUGUUGACAAAACCUAAACUUUGGUAGUGAAAAACAUUCAGUAUUCGGUUUUUUCAUUUCCAAAACAAUAAAGCAGCAAUAACUCUAAUAAAUCGUUUGUCACAAAUUGUGUGUGCGCGCGCUCCGACAAACAAUGUGCAGUAGAAAAUGUUUUCGCAUGCCUACGUUAGUCAUACUCGGUGUCAUUUUCACGAUCGUAUUGGUCUUCAUCACCGGCAUAACGCUCACCAACAGUAUCAAUAUAUCGAAUAUAGUGAAAUUGCGCGAAAAAGUCGCCAGCGAUUCGGCGGCGGCGAACAGUCCAAAUGCGGCACAAACACGAGCCGCCUUAUUCGAACAACAGUAUUCAACAUUGCAACAACAUCAUUUAUCGCGUAGCGAUCUGAAUUACAUUACCGCCAAUCAUCCCAAGAAUUUGCAGCGUUUUAAUUUGCCGACGGGGCCGCCAUUAUCAACGCAACAACAACAGCAACAACAACAACAGCAGCAGCAGCAGCAGCAGCAAACGUCAAUAGCGGCGGCGGUGGCACCAAAUAAAAUUGUCAUUGAAAUUGGUAUAAGAAAUUUUAGUACAAAUGCCAACAGAGACGCGGGCCCCUCGCCCUCAUCUUCAGCAUCGGCAACGGUGGUGGAGCAGGUAGUGGCGCCUUUAAGUGGCGCCAUUAUCGAUGGUAACAUUGAGUCAAUAUCAGUGCCGGCCACCGGUGAAUUGCAAAAGCAUUUAAAUGAUUCAUUGGCUACAGUUUUUGGAAGAGUAGCCGCGGCGGCACACAAUGCUCAAACAAACAAUGAAACGUCAACAAAUUCAACAACAUUAAAUUUAAUGGCAACAUCAUCGCCGUCAUUGUCAUCAUUAACAUCGACAUUAACAAAAAAAACAACAGCAACGACACUAACAACAACAGCAGCAGCAGCAACAGCAACAAUAACAACAACAACAAACUCUCCCUUAUGGCCAUUAAAUGCCACUUCGACUACAUUAGAAUCAUUAACAACAACAUUGUCAACGACAAUAUCGACGACAUCGUCAACAUUAGCCAUCAACGAAAACCACAAAAGCUUUUUAAAUAAUUCCACAAAUUCUUGGUUAAAAUCAACAUUUAACGUGUCUUUCCCAAAUCAAUUAAGCAUCGAGGAUCAUAAUCCGGCCAUGAUUGAUUUUGAAAAGCGCAACUACGUUAAGAAGGUAAGGGAUUUUAAAAUAUGUUUCGAACACUGCUUCUUUCUGGUAAGUCACAUAAUCACAAAUUUCUAUACUUUUUCUCUUCUUCGAUUGCAAAAAAAAAAAAAAAAAUUCAGAAAUUUGAGAAAAAUUUCAAAUUAAUUAAAAACUAACCACACACGCUGUUCAACCACUAACGAUAUAUUUGUAAGUAAGUAAAGCAUGUGUGCCUAUAAAAAGCUUACAUAAAUCUCAGCACCAUAUGAAAUCUCCGAUUAUUUAUUUAACUCUCGACUCGCUUAUUUCAAUUUCAAUUCCACAUAUAUGAAGAAUGCAUAGGAGCAAGUUUGGGCGAGUGUGUGUGACCAUGCAUUAAACGUUCUACUUCUACUUGCUUAGCCCGUUUCGAUAGUAAAGUUACGGUGAAUGUAUGUUUGCAUUUCAAUACGUAAACGUAUGUACAUUUCCUAUGACGUAUGUUGUUUUUACAUGCAAUUGCCAUUGAUAACAACAGCACAGCUAGCAGCAGCAGCAGCAGCAGCAGCAGCAGCAGCCGUAAUAGUUCUUCGCUUUCGUAUUUAUUGCAUUUAAUACGCUCUUGACCCAACCAGCGAACCAACCAAUUUGCUGACUUUCUGUAUGAAUGUAUUUUAUAAUGCAUUCAUUCAUUCAUUCAUUCAUUCGUUCAUUCGUUCAUUCAUUCAUUUAUUCACUUAUGCAUUACUCACUUGAUUUAUGAUGAUUUUUAAAUGUCUAUUCAAGUUGUUUUGUCUGUCCGUCUG